AUGGCGUGUAACCUUUUUGCCGGUCAGAGGGACGGCUCUCCUCAGGGUGCAUAUGGCUUCUGGCAGCAUCUGCCCCUGAGCCCCCUCCAGGGGUCCCAUCCUGCCCUGGACAGUUGGUGCAGCAUCACCUCUACACUCAUCACCCUCCUUUGUCUUUCAGCUCCCGGAGGAGUGUCGUUAGUUGUCCCACAACCCAACAUCAACGCAACAGUGGCACAAAACAUCCUCCUCUCAGUUGAAUACUCUUGCAGAGGCGUCGCCACCAUUGAGUGGAAGCACGUGUCGAGCUGGGGCACCACCAAAAUUGUUGAGUGGAAAAGUGGGAAUUACGUCAACAUAUCCACUGUCUACAAGGACAGAGUAACAACUUUUGAAAAUGGCUCUAUACAGCUUCUGAAUGUGGGCAUGAGAGAUGCUGGCUACUACUUUAUCACUGUAACAGAGGAGUAUGGAACCAAUGCCUAUGGCACCAUCAUAGUCAACGUUUAUGAGAUUAUCUAUGAAGAUUUACAUUUUGUAGCAGUUCUUUUUGCAUUUCUCGCUGCAGUGUCUGCCAUUUUGAUCUGCUUCAUGUGGCUGUGUAAUAAAUCUCUGCAUCUAUUUCAGAAGAAGACGGCACACAAACUAACAGGUAUCUCUCUAUGAAUGCAGUCAAGGUAUAGGGUUUUCAAGCCUGAAUUCUGAGCCUAAGAUUCACUUGUGAUUUGGGCCAUAAAGGUGCUAAGCAGGGAUACUGAGCAACAAGAGUGGAAGGGCUCAGUUCAGUUACCCUGUUCAACUCUUUACUAGCUGAGGCAACUGAAUAAUAGGUAUUCAGUUGCAGAACAAUCCACAGGGACAUCUACCUUAUACAUUUUACAUCAGAAACCACAAAACACUUCCCAACAUUGCUAACUGCAAAACUUAGGGAAAAAAAAAAAGGCCAGAGCUGCAAUAACACCGCGUCAGAGGGCAGGAGACAAA